CAGAAAGAACAGUAACAAUGCAGGCAGGGCGCCGGACAAAGCACUCGGGACACAAUGUAUAAAAAAGUGACAUUAUUUAAAAUUUGCCGCCGCCCGUACGUCCCGACGUCACAAGGACCGGAAUACGGAAGCCGGAUGCCGGCAUCGGCUGGAGGAGAUGGCCGGGGACGCUGCAGGGGACGCAUUGCGGGAGCGAAGAACAAGGUAAGCUCUGCAGGGACUCCCUGAGCAACGCCGCAUGGUAAGCCCGAGUGUAGCUGGGGGGGGUUACCGCUUUUGGUACUGAAA